AAAUCAGAACGUUACAUAAGAAACAUGAAGUGUGUUGCUAUAUUUGCUAUUAUUUCCCUGGCUUUAAUGGCUUUGGUUAAGGCUGAUGGGCGGCUGCCUUGCCCAAGAGCUUGUACAAGGGAUUUCAGACCAGUUUGCGCCGAAUGGCGAAGGGGUGUUACUCGGGUCAUUGUAAGUACUUGUACUUUCCCCAACAGAUGCACCCUUGACAAUCAGAGAUGCAGAACUGGUCAAAAUUGGGUUAUCGUCAAUGAAAAUCGCAGGUGCAAGCGAGACACAAAUGAUUGCAGAGAGCUUCUGGAUCCCCGUGAAAAUUAAUACCCGCGGCUGACCUUUGUGCACUCAACGAACCCUGACUUUUCCCGCUUUUAUUACAUCUGACUUUGAUUAAU